AUGCGCGUCGUAUUUGGCGAAGAGACCAGGAGAUGUUUUGCAGGUGAUCCCUCCGAGAUGGUACGAUUACCAAACGCACUAGAAGCCAUGAUGACUGAACUUGGGCCAAAUCGAUGCUCUUUCUGCGAAGGCGUCGUCCGUCGAGAAGUAACAAUCUUCAGCCUCCUCAGACCCCACUUCCCGAAUUCUCCCAUGAGUGUCGGAAUGCCGACACACCCGAAUCGUUUGGUCAUGUCGUUUGAUCGAUCCAUGCGCUUCAAGGGUCAAGUCCAGCAGCCGAUUGGACUUAAUUUCCCAGCCACCCCAUCGCCAUUUUCGCAUCUUCCGCCUCUUGCCACGGCUUUCAAGAAUACAUCCUCCGGCACUGCCAAUCGAGGCUCAACCACUCCGGGAAGAUGUUCGCUAUCCUAUCGCGCCGACGACCCCUUCUCGCUCUGGAACCCCUUCGAUCAAUCCCGCUUCGAUCUCACCGUCUGCUUCAAGUAUUCGCUCUACCUCCUCCCGUUCUUGGUCAUCCUCAUCAACGGCUCCGUUGAUCUCUACAAGCUCUCCGCUCGGCCGGUCAUCCAGCCCAAGUCGUCCAACCGAACCCUGAUCAGGCUGUCGCAACUGACCUACAUCAGCAAACUGCUCUUGAUCAUCGUGGUGUCAAUCUUCCAACUGGCGUACUCCGCCAUCCUCUUCGUCCGAUCCGGAUGGUGGGAUCCCCGAUCCCAACGGUCAUCGACCAGUUUGCUAUUCUUUCACCUCUUCUUCCUCGUCACCUCGGCCAUCGAACUGCGAUCUCACCUCGACCACUCCUUGCUACACCAACACCCACAUCAAACCGGGUUCCUCAUCCUCAGAUCUCUCUUGAUCACCACCGUCUUCGUCCUCGAGUGUCUCGGCCCGUUCAAGUAUGACGACCACACCUACUCAUUCGGUGAAGAUGGCUACGCGGCAUUGCCCCAGGAUGAGGCCGCUGACCGGCGCUCGGAAUCGCCGUUGAUUUACGCCAACGUGUUCUCCCGACUGACGUUUGGAUGGAUGACGCCGAUGAUGAAGCUGGGAAAGAGCCAGUACUUGACGGAAGACGAUCUGUGGAUGUUGCCCCGGGAAGACCAGACGGAUUCGCUGACUAACCGACUCCAUCAAACCUGGAGACGCCAGCUAUCACGAGCUCCCUCAAGUCUAUCCUUGAUCCGCGCCAUCGCACAGGCCUACGGCGGACCCUACCUUACCGCAGUGCUCUUCAAGCUGAUUCAUGAUGUCCUGCAAUUCGCUCAGCCACAGCUCUUGAGACGUCUGCUCCGCUUUGCAGAUUCCUUUUCGUCUGGCAAUCAACCGGAGCCGGUCUAUUGGGGUUAUGUGAUUGCCGGUCUCAUGUUUAGCUGCGGUUUUGUUCAGACUUUGUUCUUAGCUCAAUACGACCACCGAUCGGUGAGGACCGGGAACAGAGUUCGCUCUGGUUUGAUCGGGGUAAUCUACCAAAAAUCAUUGGUACUCUCAAACGAAGAGAAAUCUGGCAGAGCCACGGGAGAUAUCGUCAACCUGAUGUUAACAGACGUCAGCAGGAUCCAGGAAGGCUGUAUCAAUGGAGCAAUCAUCCUCUCGACUCUGGUCCAGAUCAGUCUUGCCUUCAUCAGCUUGUAUGACAUGUUGGGAUGGCCGAUGUUGGGUGGGAUUGCGGUGGUGUUCUUGAGUAUCCCACUCAACAUCGGUCUGAGCAGAAUUCAAUCAAGAAUCCAGAAGCAGCAGAUGGAGAACCAAGACGCGCGCACCACGUUGAUGAACGAGAUUCUGAACAAUAUUCGAUCGAUCAAGCUAUACACCUGGGAAAAAGCUUUCACCGAAAAAUUGACCACCAUCAGGAACGGAAGAGAGCUGGUCGUACUCAGAAAAAUUGGGUACCUGUUGUCUGCAAGCAUCUCAUUAUGGAAUUUCGUUCCAUUUCUGGUGGCUUUUUCAGCAUUUUUGUUUUUCUCACUUCUGAGUGACACACCAUUGACCCCCGCCCUGGCGUUUCCAACGAUUCUUCUGUUUCAACAAUUGCAAUACCCUUUGGGAGUUUUACCCAUAGUCGUCAACCAGUGGAUAGAAGGUUAUGUUUCAGUCAAUCGAAUUUUAAAGUUUUUGACAAGUCAGGAGCUCCAACAAGACGCCGUCGUGCGGUCUGAUUGCGCUACAGAAGAGCGCAUGCCGCCCGUCGAGGUCAAAGAUGCCAACUUUACGUGGUCUUCUGGGUCAGAUUCUACCCUUUCGGACAUCAGUCUCAGUGUGCCAAAGGGUGACCUUCUGGCCGUAGUUGGGCGCGUCGGCUCAGGGAAAUCAUCUUUGCUCUCAGGGAUUCUCGGAGAAAUGUACAAACUAUCAGGGAAAGUCGAGCUGCGAGGCAAGGUUGCUUAUGCAGCCCAAACCCCCUGGCUGCUUUCUGCCACUGUAAAAGAUAAUAUUCUCUUUGGAGCCGAAUAUGAUAAGGAGCUUUACGUCACUGUGGUCGAAGCUUGUGCACUGGUAGAAGAUUUGGCGAUCUUGAAAGACGGCGACGAAACUCAAGUCGGCGAAAAGGGCGUUGCUCUCUCGGGCGGUCAAAAGGCGAGAAUCAGUUUAGCCCGGACCGUCUAUGCGCGGGCCGAUGUUUACCGGCUAGACGAUCCUCUGAGCAGCGUUGACGCUCAUGUGGCGCGUCAUUUGUUCGAUAAGGUGAUCGGACCUACUGGUCUUCUCUGCAACAAAGCUAGAAUACUCUGUACGAACGCGAUCCCUUUCUGCCAACAAGCCGAUGAACUGAUCAUGGUCCGGGACGGGACGAUUGUGGAACGUGGGUCGUUCCAAAGUGUGCUGGCUAAUCAAGGCGACUUAAAGAAACUGAUUGAAGAGUUUGGCAAGAACACGUCUCAGGAUGACAUGCUUGACGAUCUCAAGCCUUCUGAUUCAACUAUCGUGGCUUCAGAGAGCAGAAGCAAGUCUUCCAUCAGCAACCUAAGCCGAGAGACUGUUGCAUUGAUGAGACGGCCAUCUAUCUCAUUAACCAAGAACAACAGGCAAGUCCUGAAGACUCGCAAGGCCGCCGGGAAAAUAACUGAACACAGAGAACAAGGCGCAGUCAACUACGACAUUUACAAAACCUACAUUAGAGCAAACGGCGUGUUUAGCGGUGCAGUUGUGCUGGGUGCGAUUAUUGCACAGCAAAUAAUCUCAUUGAUGACAACUUUAUGGCUUAAUAACUGGAGUUCAAGGAAUCAGGACCAAGUGGGCGAUCAGGGAGCUCACCUAGGAUACUUUCUAGGAAUUUACGUCCGGUGCGCACGGACUUUUCAUGACCAGAUGUUUUCUAAGGUCUUGAGGGCCCCAUUGACAUUCUUCGAUACCACACCUGUUGGUACCAUCUUGAAUCGGUUUUCACGAGAUGUGUUCAUCAUUGACGAAAUACUUCCCAGGGUCUUCACUGGGUUCCUCCGGACUGCUGCUGGUACUCUUAGUAUCUUUCUAGUGGUGUCAUGGGCUGUGCCACCAUUUCUCCUGGCUUCCAUACCACUACUUUUUGUUUACAAGAGCAUUCAGUCGUACUACCUUGCCACCUCACGCGAAAUCAAACGGAUUGAGUCCAUCACGAAGUCUCCGAUUUUUGUUAUCUUUGGUGAAACAUUGACAGGCGCUGCUACAAUCAGAGCCUUUGGGGAACAAGGUCGGUUCAUUUCUGAAAACGAGGCCAAAGUGGACCGCAACCAGGAAGCAUGCUUCGCCUCGGUUGGUGCAAAUCGUUGGCUCGCCGUUCGACUAGAGCUGAUCGGAAAUGUGAUGAUCCUCGCCGCUGCAUCGCUGGCAGUGACAAGUCUAGCCGCCAGCAAACCUCUGCAAAGUGGAAUGAUCGGGGUGUUGAUGUCAUACGCACUUUCGAUUACACAAUCACUCGCAUGGCUCGUGCGGGUUGCAACAGAUGUUGAAACGAAUAUUUUGUCAUGUGAACGAGCUGCUGAAUAUACCGAAUUGGAACAAGAGGGCCCUUGGGAGACUGACGAGCACCAUCGGCCAAGCCCCAGUUGGCCAGAAAAAGGAGAAAUCGUCUAUGAAGGAGUUGAAUGUCGCUAUCGAGAUGGGUUGGACUUGGUCUUGAAAGGCGUUGACUUCAAGGUCCAAGCACAAGAAAAGAUUGGAAUCUGCGGUCGAACAGGCGCUGGGAAAUCAACAAUUACUUUGUCGUUAUUCAGAUUGAUCGAGAAAGCGGGCGGCAGGAUUCUUAUCGACGGCGUAGACAUCAGCCAAAUCGGUUUGAACGAUCUGAGAUCAAAGGUAUCGAUCAUUCCUCAAGAUUCGCAAUGCUUUGAAGGUAGCUUGAGAGCCAACUUGGAUCCUGAAGGCUUGAAAACAGACGAGGAACUGUGGAAGGUGCUCGAGCAUUCAAAGUUGAAAGCCCAUAUUCAAUCCUUGGAGGGCGGACUGGACGCAAGAAUUGAAGAAGGUGGAAAUAACUUGAGUAAUGGUCAACGACAACUGUUAUGCUUGGCAAGGGCAAUGCUCUUGAAAUCGUCCAAGAUAUUGGUGAUGGAUGAAGCUACUAUAAUCAGAAAUGAAUUCAAAUCGUAUACCAUCUUGGUGAUUGCUCAUCGGCUGAAUACGAUUUUGGAUUGCGAUAAGAUAUUGGUUAUCAAUAAGGGCAAAGUAGUUGAAUUCGAUUCACCGGAUAACUUGAUGAAAAACAAGGAAUCGGAAUUUUGCAAGAUGUGCCAGGAAGCUGGCCUGAUCAAUUAA